AUGCCUGAGGAAACGUUUGAGCCAGAAACGCUUGUAUUGUGCGGUCUUCCAUACGCACUCGAUCUCGAUUUUGUCAUGGAUUUUACCGGCGUAACUUGUUUGAGUUGCGACUUACUGAAGGAGUUGGGCGGUCUUCUCCUGCUGGAGUCAAAUUUUGACCGGCUUUGUCGCGAAAUCGUUCUAUUCAUACCUGACUUUUGGCAACUGGAAGCCGAUCGUUCAGACGAUGAUGGACGAUUGGCGACCGACGAUCGCUCAGUUUCUGCGAAUGAACUCGACGUGAUCAGACUGGCAUCUUCCGUUUUACUUGACCUGUCGUCUUCGAAAGACUGA